AUGUUUCUAUUCCGAAAGAAGAAGGCAGCCUCUAAGCCCUCCAAAUCUUCAAAGUCAUCUGAAACAAAAUCGUUGCCCCAAACUCCCAUUCUCUCUGGGCCCAUGGAUGGGCAACAGGAGAUCACUCCUGGUGGCAGUCAAAAGUACUCCUUUCCUCGCCCUCCUCGUCUAUCACCCUCUAGCAAUCUGUUGGCAUCGCCUACAUCUCCCACAAACCUGACGUUUGAUGGCUCCAAACAAGCGCCUUCCUAUGUUCGCCAUGUGAGGGCCGUCUCAGGAGCUAGUGGAAGCUUUGCUGUGGAUCCGGCGUUGACUCGCUCUUUGCAGGUCCGCCAGCAAACCAUCAACCUGGACUUGCCGCCAGAGUUGCUGCCUGUGGUUAAUUUGAUGAAUGCUCAGAAGCUCCGUCAAUACGUCUCUGGAACUGUCUCAGUACUUUCUGAGGAUCAUUUAACUUGGAGUACAGCUCUGGCCACUUUGACCGGAGUAGAGCUUGCAGUUCAGACCCUUGACUCCAUAAAGCCCCGCUAUAUCAACAUUCAAGAUAGCUCUGUAGUUCCUUCCCCAGUAAACGGCACAUCAGGCUCGAGAUACGAAUUGGUAAUCCUACAGGAUUUUGAUGGUCAUCAGACUACCUUGCGUUUUGCUAAUUCUGAACAAUUUUACUUAUGGCUCUCAGCAAUCCAUUUAUCAAAAUUCGAGAAUUCAUCGCUACAGGAGGCAUUCACCGCUGUUAUAUUGUCUUUGAAAGGUCCUGAACUCUCCGACAUCUUCACUCUUUUAUCCCACAAGCAAAGAUUCACCCGUUACGAGUGGAGCAAUUUAAGAUUGCCUCAGAUUUCCAACAAAUGGGUCAAGGUCUUCGUCAACAUUGUACCCGGCGACAACAAAAAGAAUGGACGUAUCGAAGUCUACGCUUCAGACAAAAUCACAAAGAAAAAUUUGGUGUUGUACGUUGAUCAUCUUGACUCCAUCUACAACGUGUAUCCCGAAGAUUACAAAAUGAUCGAUGUCAAUCUGAUCAUGAAAUUGGAAGGCCAAGUUUACGUCAACAAAAAGUAUCAACACCUUUUUAUUCAUGGCACUGAUGGUUUGGAUAGUGCUGCUGUCAAAGGCUUAGAUUUGUCACCAGUAAGAAGAAGCGAUUCCGCUAUGUCAUUGAGCUCGUUGGGUCCUCCAGGAGCUAUUCACUCUCCCACAAGGUCUCGCUCGAAUUCAUUGAGCUCCUCAUCCUCAUUCUUUGUCAAUGCAGCGUCUACUAGUGCCAAUGCUGAAGGUGACUCACUGGCUACAACUUCUCCUAAGGCAUCCACAAAAUUUAUCAAGCAAAGUGCAAGCAGUUUCGUCAAAACGGACUAUUUGUACUUGAUGCCUGAGCCUCAUCCGGGUGUGGGAGUGACUGAGAUUAUGCUUCGAAACUUCAUUCAUAUCAUUGAUGCAUUCAAGCUUUAUGGUCGUCCGGAGCAUUUGGUCAGCAACAAAAGAGAUCCUGUUUCCAUGUUGUUUGGCUUGCCGGCCUUGCCUCACCACUGUUACUUAGAUCUCGAGGAUGCAUAUGAAGUUAUUGCGCUUAAUUUUGAAUUGAGCUGCUUGCAAAACUGGGGUUUGUGUGAGUGGCGAGCAUCAAUCAAGGAGUACAUCAGCUGCAAACAAAGAGACUCGAACUUCAAGGGAACCGGAAAUAUCUACGAUUUGUUCAAUUCUCUUGAAGACUCUCAACCAAGCAGUCCUAUUCUUCGUGAUACUCGAAGUCCAGUCUACUUGCAAGCACCUCCUGGUGCAAAGGCAAAAUCUCCAUUCGCAGACUCUAUUCUGAGAACGCUGAAAAGUCUGGACUCGGUGCCUUCCACCGAGGCUUCGACCAGCCAUGCGAUUCCAACCCUAGGAAAUGCAUUCAACUAUAGAAGUGGCGACAGCAGCGCUCUUAGAGGAGUUUCGAAUCAACAACGCAAUUUACAUCCUAUUGCCGAUUUGCCAACGCCGUGUGAUGAGAAGAAUCAACAAUUUUUUACUCCUUCCAACGGAAACAUAGCCAUUCAUCUCUAA